AUGUCGGUGAUCGAUCGGUUCCCGCACUCGACCGCCGAGCUUCGGCGCGUCAAGGCGGUGCAGUUCGGCGUGCUCAGCCCCGAUGAGAUCAGGAAGAUGUCGGUGUGCGAGAUCGAGACGGCGGAGACCUACGAGAAGGGCAGGCCCAAGCGCGGCGGCUUGAGCGACCCGCGGAUGGGCACGAUGGACCGCGCGAUGGCGUGCGAGACGGACGGCAUGAACAGCACGGACACGCCCGGGUACUUCGGGCACCUGGAGCUGGCCAAGCCGGUGUUUCACUACGGGUUCAUCAAGAACGUCGUCAGCGUGCUGCGAUGCGUGGGGUUCUCCUCGUCGAAGCUGAUGAUCGACAAGAACGAGGAUCCCAAGUUCGCGCAGAUCAUGCGCAUCAAGAACAACAAGCAGCGCCUGCGCAAGUUCACGGAUGCGUGCAAGACGAAGACCAUCUGCCCAGCCACCGGAACCCCCCAGCCGCAAUACCGGUUGGAGGGGAUGAAGAUAACCGCGGAGUUCAAGAAGCUCGAGGAGGACGACUACCUUCCCGACGGCGGCGAGCGUAAGCAGGUGAUCACCCCGGAGAGGGCGCUGAACAUCCUCAAGAACAUCAGCGACGAGGACUGCAGGAUCCUCGGCUUUGACCCCGAGCACGCGCAUCCCUCGUGGUUUGUGCUCCAGGCGCUGCCGGUGCCGCCGCACCCGGUGCGCCCGUCCGUGGCGUUCGACAGCAGCACGAGGUCGGAGGAUGACCUCACGGUGAAGCUCAUGGAGAUUGUCCGCACGAACAAGAACCUGCAGCGGCAGGAGCAGAACGGCGCGCCGCAGCACGUGGUGCAGGAGUUCACCGAGUUGCUGCAGUAUCACAUCAUGACCUUCAUGGACAACACGGUGGCGGGUCAACCCCGGGCGUUGACGCGCUCGGGGCGUCCCAUCAAGUCAAUCUCCGAGCGUCUCAAGGGUAAGGCUGGUCGCAUUCGUGGUAACCUGAUGGGUAAGCGCGUUGACUUUUCGGCUCGCACGGUGAUCACGCCCGACCCCAACCUGAUGCUCGACGAGCUCGGCGUCCCGUGGUCGAUCGCUCUCAACAUGACCUACCCGGAGACGGUGACCCCGUACAACAUCGAGCGCCUGCGUAAGCUCGUCGAGAACGGCCCGCACCCGCCCCCGGGCGAGACUGGGGCCAAGUACAUCAUCCGCGAGGAUGGCCAGCGCCUGGACCUUCGGUUCAUGAAACGCGAGAGCGACAAGCGACUCGAGUACGGGUACAAGGUGGAGAGGCACAUGAUCAACGGCGACUGCGUGCUCUUCAACCGUCAGCCGUCGCUGCACAAGAUGUCCAUCAUGGGUCACAGGGUUCGGAUCAUGCCCUACUCCACUUUUCGGAUGAACAUCUCGGUGACGCCGCCGUACAACGCGGAUUUCGACGGCGACGAGAUGAACAUGCACCUGCCGCAGAGCAUGGAGACGCGCGCUGAGGUGCAGGAGCUGAUGAUGGUGCCGAAGAUGAUCGUGUCCCCGCAGGCGAACAAGCCGGUGAUGGCGAUCGUGCAGGACACGCUUCUCGCGUGCCGCCUGAUCACCAAGCGCGACACGUUCAUCACGAAGGACGUCUUCAUGAACAUCCUCAUGUGGCACACCAACUGGGAUGGCAAGGUGCCGAAACCGGCCAUCAUCAAGCCCGAGCCCCUGUGGACGGGCAAGCAGGUGUUCUCCAUGUUCACCCCCGACGUCAACGUCAUCCGAACGUCCGCGUGGGCACGCGACGCCGACGACAUGGACUUUUCCGUGGAUGACGUCGGCGUGCGAGUGGAACGCGGCGAGCUCAUCACCGGCAUCAUGUGCAAGAAAUCGAUGGGCAGCGGCGGUGGAGGUUUGAUCCACACCAUCUGGGAGGAGUGGGGCCCCACCGCGGCGCGCGACUUUGUCUCGCAGGUGCAGUGGCUCCUCAACUACUGGCUCCUCCACUACGGCUUCACGAUUGGAAUCUCCGACACCAUCGCCGACGACAGGACCAUGCAGACGAUCAACGACACGAUCACCAAGGCCAAGUCCGACGUGAAGGAGGUUGUCGCCAUCUACCAGAGGGGCGAGCUGGAGAUGCAGCCCGGCAUGACCGCGCAGCAGUCGUUCGAGCAGAAGGUUAACCAGAUUCUCAACAAGGCGCGCGACAACGCGGGUAACUCGGCUCAGACGUCGCUCGACGACACCAACAACGUGAAGAUGACGGUGACGGCCGGUUCCAAGGGUUCGUUCCUCAACAUCUCGCAGAUGAUCGCGUGCGUGGGCCAGCAGAACGUCGAGGGUAAGCGCAUCCCGUUCGGGUUCACCGACAGGUCGCUGCCGCACUUUGCGAAGAACGACCUCGGCCCUGAGGCUCGCGGGUUUGUCGAGAACUCCUACCUGCGCGGCCUCACGCCGCAGGAGUUCUUCUUCCACGCCAUGGGCGGUCGCGAGGGUCUCAUCGACACCGCGGUAAAGACGUCCGAGACGGGUUACAUCCAGAGGCGACUGGUGAAGGCGAUGGAGGACAUCAUCGUGAAAUACGACGGAACCGUGCGGAACAGCGCGGGUGACGUGAUCCAGUUUCUCUACGGCGAGGACGGCAUGGACGCCACGUACGUCGAGUCCCAGAAGAUCGACACCCUGCGCGACUCGCGGGAGAAGUUCCGCAAGCGGUUUCACAUGGACCCCGACGAACCCGGCUUUGGCCGCGGGUGGAUGUCGGAGGCGCAGGUGAACGACCUCGCCAAUUCCGCGGAGAAGCGCGCCCUGCUCGAGGAGGAGUGGGAGAGGCUCCUCAAGGACCGGGAGGAGCUCAGGCGGACGAUGAGCACCGGCGACCAGAACGUGCACUUGCCGGUAAACCUCAAGCGGAUCAUUUGGAACGCGCAGAACAACUAUCGAAAGGUGAAGGAUGCGUCCUCGGGAGGGUCGCGGGGCGGCGAGGAGUUACAGGCUGUGCACGUCAUCGAGAGCGUCAAGUCCAUGCUCAACGGUCUCGUGGUCGUUCCCGGCCGCGACGCGCUCUCGGUCGAGGCGCAGAGAAACGCCACCAUCCUCUUCUUUGCGCUGGUGCGAUCGACGCUCAGCGCCAAGAGGGUGAUGAGCGAGUUUAGGCUCUCCCCCGCGGCGUUCAACUGGGUCAUCGGCGAGGUUGAGUCGAGGUUUAAGGUUGCGCUCGCGCCCCCGGGCGACGGCAUCGGCACAGUCGCCGCGCAGUCCAUCGGCGAGCCCGCGACGCAGAUGACACUGAACACCUUCCACUUCGCGGGUGUCUCCGCGAAGAACGUCACGCUCGGUGUGCCCCGUCUGAAGGAGCUCAUCAACAUCGCCAAGAAGAUCAAGACGCCUUCGCUCACCGUCGCGCUGCGCAAGGAUCUCGCCGGGGACAGGGCGAUGGCCAAGAACGUCCAGUCGAUCCUCGAGUACACCACCCUGCACUCCGUCGCCGCCGCCUCUGAGGUUUGGUACGAUCCCGAUCCCACGGAUACCGUCAUCGAGGAGGACAAGGAGUUUGUCAGGUCCUAUUACGAGAUGCCGGAUGAGGACGUGGAUCCCAGCCGGAUGUCCCCGUGGCUGCUCCGCAUCGAGCUGAACCGCGAGAUGAUGGUGGACAAGAAACUGCUGAUGGCGGACAUCGCCGAGCGCAUCAACCAGGACUUCCAGGAGGAUCUGUCCUGCAUAUUCAACGACGACAACUCCGAGAAGCUCAUCCUCCGAAUUCGCCUGCUGGACAACGAGAUGGGAGACAAGGAAGCCGGCCCGUCCACCACCGAGGACGAAGUCUUCCUCAAGAAGCUCGAGUCGCAGAUGCUCACCAACCUGGCGCUGCGGGGUAUCCCCGACAUCAAGAAGGUGUUCAUCCGCGAGGCGAACGUGAUGGGCCUGGACCCGGUCACCGAGACGUUCACCAAGAAGAGCGAGUGGAUGCUCGACACCGAGGGCGUCAACCUCCUGGAGGUUAUGAACCACGAGGAUGUCGACUUCACGCGCACCACGUCCAACCACCUCAUCGAGGUGAUCCAGGUGCUGGGCAUCGAGGCUGUGCGAAACACGCUGCUCAAGGAGCUUCGCGGCGUGAUCGAGUUCGACGGCUCGUACGUCAACUACCGCCACCUCGCCAUCCUCGUCGAGGUGAUGACCUAUCGGGGACACCUCAUGUCCAUCACCAGGCACGGCAUCAACCGCGUGGAGACUGGACCGCUCAUGCGGUGCUCCUUCGAGGAAACGGUGGACAUUCUUCUGGAGGCGGCGGCGUUCUCAGAGCGCGACGGCAUGAACGGUCUCUCCGAGAACAUCAUGCUCGGGCAGUUCUGCCCCCUGGGCACCGGAGAGUUCGGCCUCCACCUCAACGAGGACAUGCUCAAGGAGGCGGUGGACCUUGACCUCGGUUUAUCGGAGGGGGGUCUGGGCGUCGGCGUCACCCCCGGCCGCGGCAUCACGCCGGGCCGCGAGGGCGCCAUGUCCCCGUCGUUCCUCCUGUCCCCGACCGCGCACAUGAGCCCGUUCGACGAUUCCAUGCGAUUCUCGCCGCAAGGGACGGAUUACGGAUCCCACGCCGGCGGAGGGCAGUCGCCGGGGUACUCUCCCACGUCACCGGCGUACUCACCGACGUCACCGGCGUAUUCACCGACGUCUCCGGCGUACUCGCCCACGUCUCCGGCGUACUCACCCACGUCUCCGGCGUACAGCCCGACGUCACCGGCGUACUCACCGACGUCACCGGCGUAUUCACCGACGAGCCCAGCCUACUCACCCACGUCACCAGCGUAUUCACCCACGUCACCGGCGUACAGCCCGACGUCACCGGCGUACUCACCCACGUCACCGGCGUAUUCACCGACGUCACCGGCCUACUCACCCACGUCACCGGCGUAUUCACCGACGUCACCGGCCUACUCACCCACGUCACCGGCGUAUUCACCGACGUCACCGGCGUACAGCCCGACGUCACCGGCGUACAGCCCGACGUCACCGGCGUAUUCACCCACGUCUCCGCAGUACUCGCCCACGUCGCCGCAGUACUCGCCCACGUCGCCGCAGUACUCGCCCACGUCGCCGCAGUACAGCCCCACGAGCUUGGGUCUGUCCGAUGCGGACGCGCCGACGAGGUCCCCGACCUCGCCGCAGUAUUCGCCGUCCACGGAGGCGGACGGCGACCAGUGAAGGAACCAAACCGACGCGCGGAAUUACCGGUAAAAUAGCGAACAGAACGAUUCAAAAACUAUCAUAGCUCACAUUCAA